AGCAGUAGCCAAAUCAAACCCCGAUAUGACGGCCAUUUUACAUGCUUCACUUACUCUUCCCAAAGACAGAACGACUGGCCAUAACUAACUCUGACAUUCAUCGGAUCUUUUGUUUUUGACUGUAUCGGCGUUGGCCUUGAUGAAAUCUCUGUUGAGGAUAUGCAGAUAAAAUUAUUUCACCAUGCAGUGUUGUAUUAAUCAAUUCCCUAGAUGAUUGCGAUCAGUGUUCCUGACGUGAUGUUGCCGAGGGACAGUGGAGGAUAUAGAUGGGUGGUUGCCAUCGCUGCCUUCUUCACACAGUUUAUUAUUUGUGGAAUAACUUAUAGCAUUGGAGUGUUCCAUAUUGUGUUCAGUAAAAUCUUUAAUGAGGACCAUUUCAACACAUCAUGGAUUGGUUCAAUAUUGCUGUACUCGACUGCUUUAACAAGUGUGGUGAUGCGAUUUUUCAUGGUUCAGUUUGGAUGCCGAUGGAGCGUGAUCCUAGGAGGGCUGAUCUCGGCUCUUGGACUGUCCAUGGGAAUGGUGGUCACUGAGAUGUACCAGGUGUAUCUUACUUUUGGGGUGCUUACAGGCAUUGGUUUUGGUUUAGCCUGCACACCCUCUAUAAUGGCAGUGGAGCAGCAUUUCUACAAGCAGCGUAUGCAGGCCCUGAGCGUGGUGCUGAGCGGUGUAGGAGCUGGAAUAGUCGUCUUUCCGAUCCUGAUCCGGACCCUCCUGGAGCACCUGGCCUGGAGGGGCACUCUGUGGAUCCUCUCAGGAAUAGCCCUCAAUCUGUGUGUAUGCGGGGCCUUGAUGUCUCCAGUGGCCCACGGCAAACAAGUGCACCUGAUGCCUCUGCUCUCCUGUGUACCGCUCCGAAACAUCACUUUCCACGGAAUGUGUAUAGCAAAUCUCUUCUGGAGUUUUGGCUCUACUGUGAUAUACAUGUACUUGCCAUCUUAUGCAAUGGACCAAGAUUCUUCUUUUGAGACUUCUGUAUUUUUGGUGUCUUGUGUUGGUAUGGCAAGCUUUACCUCCAGGGUUAUAUUUUCUUUCAUGGGACAUAACAGCACUUUGGAUGACAUGACAGCCAUCCUGUGCUCUAUAGGUCUUGGUGUGGUCAUCACUGGAAUUUGCCCCCUGCUGUUUGAUGACUAUGCUGGACAAAUUGGUUAUUCCUUACUGUUUGGGUUUUACAGUGGAUAUUGGACCACCUUUCUUUCUCAAGCCUCAAGAGAAUUACUUGGACCAGAAUGCAUUGCCAAGGGUAAUGGCUACCUUUCUUUUAUGAUAGCUCUGGGAUCUAUCAUGGCAGGACCAGCAGCAGGUCUGUUGAUUCAAGAGGAGACAGAGUUCAAGUACGCUUUCUACUUAGCAGGAUCUGCUCUGCUGUGGAGCUCAGUCAUAAUGAUGCUGUUCAAGUACCAGUCUUGUGGCCUUGAGAGCUUUGUAUCAGAACCAGAGAAAAACGACCUGAAAAUCCCUCUAGUGGACAGAUCGCAGAAUGAUUGCCUGAUGAAGGGAGAACCAAUAUUAGUAGAGGCGAUGGUGACAUCUGUUUGACAAAACCCAAAGAUAAAGAAUCAAGGCAGUGGAUACAGAUCCACUUGUGGUGGAAACUGAGAUUUCAUUUGGAAAAAUGUUUUAUUGUACUCAGAUUUUUUUCUUUAUAUUAUCAGAUGUAUAUGUUGCACUGUGGGAUUGUAUUGGAUGUACUCAAAAUAUGAGUGAAAUCAAAGUGAUAUUAGUCUUAAGCUUUUUAAUGCAUAUAUAUACACAGAUGUUACGUGUAUAUAUACCCAAUGUUAUUAUUUCUGCAUUUCAGUAAAGAUGUUGUUAUGACACUGUACAUGUUUUAAGUGUUCAAGAGAAAUAACUCCUGCAAGUCUGAUGCAGCUACAACACUUUAUUUUUACAUGUUUGUUACAAUGUAAAUCAGCUUUUUUCUUUCUUUUUGCAGUGUAUGAAAUUAAUGGUAAUAUUUUGUAUUUCUAAAAGAAUUCAUAAAGAUGCAUUCCGUGUUCCCUUCAAAGUCAGUUCCUGACUAUGUGUACCUCAAAUGAUAGGGCAAAGAAAAUGUCAUGUUUUAUAUGGUAUCUAAAAUUUUCUCGACAAUUUUGUUCAUCUUGAUUCAAAUAAUGAUAUUGCCAUUUAUCAAUUUACAUUUGUUAUAAACAUUCACGAAAAGAUAAAAUAGAUAGUUCCAGUAAUCGACAUUGACUAGUUACUGUAAACCAACUUUUUGUGUACCGAAAAAUUUCAUUAGGUUUGAGAGAGCCUCAUUGCAGUGAACACUUCUCGCUGCAAAGUAAUCAUCAGAUGUCUGUUGCUACCUAUUUUCUUGAUACUAUACAUCUUGAUCGCAAGAAUUAGUUGUGGCUAACCAGUCUAUCUCUUGUAAAUCGCAAAAUAUAAUCGUCAUGAAUAAAAGUUGGUUUACAGUACUUUUUUCUGUUUACGACUAUUUAGUGCUUGUGAUCAAUUUACAAACUUGGAUUGGUUGUCUCUUGUUUUGUUCAAGUAUUAAUCACACAGUCUUUGCAUGAAUGAUUCUUUGUGAUAUAUCUCAAUUUUCAUUUUGUAUACAACUGUAUUUUUAUAAUUGAGAAUGCUUGUAUUUUAAUAUACCCACCCAGAGAUGUCAUUCGUGCAGUAUGUGGGAUUUGUAUUGUUACCCAGAUUAUCAUAUUUUUUCUUUGCAAGCUGUCCUGUUUUUGAAAAUGGUGAAAUGUGUGUGUAAUGGAUUAUUUUCUAUGAAUUGUGAUUUCAGUCAAUGCUCUUAGUACAUGUCUAAGCGUAAAUGAUGUGCACAGUAGCAGUAUUUCUUUAUUUAGAUACAUUGCAUAUUUGAGCAAAUCAAAUACAUUGUAUACGCAUGUAGUAAGGUACUUUUAACUUGCAAUAACUAAUGCUUGUUUUAAAUACUUCAAAAGACCCAGAAAUGGGACUGUUAACAAAUUCCUUAUAUGUACAAUUUUAUUGAAACUUGUUGAGAAUUCAGAAUGGUUGAAUACAUGUAUUUUGAAAUAGGGCACAAUUUAUGUGGAAAACUUAUAAUGCCCUUGCCAUAACAUGUAAAUGUAAUACUCUUCUUUUUUUAAUGAUAUUUUUAGUACCUGAUCACACAUUUUGCAAUAAGUUGCUUUAUAUGAAUACAUUAAACUAAUUUUAUUGCUUACAUGUGCAAAAAUGUUGAAAGAAUUAAUCAAACUUCUCAAGUUAGUGAUUCUGUGAAAACUUAUGAGUUACAAAUCAUGGUUGUCUUUCCUUGUCCUUAGUAAACCAGCUAGUACCUGGUACAAUAAUUUUAAGUGCAGCAUUAUAAAGAUAAAUAGUAAGAUGUGAUGUUAAGUGAGUAGGUAGUUAUAGAAUGUUGUAAUAUUGUUUUGAAUGAAAUGAUCAUAUUAUUAUGUUUGACAAUAAAGGUUAUUGAAUUGAG